CGGACCGCUGUCUCACCCGUGUCCCACCCUGCCCGGCGCGGUCGGUCUGCGGGGGCCCGUCUGCCGCCUCCCAGGGGACCCGAUGGCAUCGGAGGGCCUGGCGGGGGCGCUGGCGGCGGUGUUGGGGGGCCAGGGGCUGAGUGUGCACAGCUGCGACUCGGAGCCGGCCGGGGAGCCCCUGGCGCCCGUGCGGCUGCGGAAGAACGUCUGCUACGUGGUGCUGGCCGUGUUCCUCAACGAGCAGGAUGAGGUGCUACUGAUCCAGGAGGCCAAGAAAGAGUGCCGUGGGUCUUGGUACCUACCCGCGGGGAGAAUGGAGCCUGGGGAGACCAUCGUGGAGGCACUGCAGCGGGAGGUGAAGGAGGAGGCCGGGCUGCAUUGUGAGCCUCUGACAUUGCUGUCUGUGGAGGAGCGGGGCCCCUCCUGGAUCCGCUUUGUGUUCCUCGCUCGAGCCACAGGUGGAAUUCUCAAGACUUCCAAGGAGGCGGAUGCAGAGUCCCUGCAGGCUGGCUGGUACCCACGAACCUCCCUGCCCACUCCGCUGCGAGCCCAGGACAUUCUGCACCUGGUAGAGCUAGCCGCCCAGUACCGCCAGCAAGCCAGGCACCCUCUUACUCUGCCCCAGGAGCUUCCCUGCAGUCUGGUCUGCCAGCGGCUCGUGGCCACCUUUACCAGCGUCCAGACGGUGUGGGUGCUGGUGGGCACGGUGGGGAUGCCUCACUUGCCCGUCACCGCCUGCGGCCUCACUCCCGUGGAGCAAAGGGGUGGCAUCAAGAUGGCCGUCCUGCGGCUGCUCCAGGGGUGUCUGGCCCUGCCCCACUUGGCAGUGGAGACCAAGGGGUUGCUUGGACUGCAGCAUCUGGGCAAAGAGCAUGCAGAUGGCAUCUGCCUGAAUGUGCUGGUGACUGUGGCUUUUCGGAACCCAGGUAUGCAGAGUGAGCCCCCAAAGGUUCGGGGUGAGAACUUUUUUUGGUGGAAGGUGAUGGAGGAAGACCUACAAAGCCAGCUCUUACAGAGACUUCAGGAAUCAUCUGUUGUCCCAGUCAACAGAUAGGAAGGUGCCAUCGUUGUGCAAGGAGCCAGGCUCCUGGGCCCUCCCCUCCCCCACCACGGCUCUGCCUUCCUCUGAGGGAGGCAGGAGGUUGGCAGUCAGGGGUCUUGUUGCAUUAGGAGCAGGUGAUUCUCCUAGUUCUCAGGGUAAUUUCCUUCUCUGUGGAACAGGUCCCCGCAUUGCACCAGAAGGACAGUGCCUUUAACCAAACAAGGAGUUCAGAGCUCAAGGAUCUAAUUGCCCUGUGGGCACGAUGAGGGCACUACUCCCUAAGGGGAUGUGAGAACUUUCUGAACCUGAGAGGGCACCUACUCAUCAUUUUCCAUGCUUGCCUCAGUAAAGGCCUACAUCCAGAUUCUCAGGCACUUAGAAUACGGACUUGGGUUGCUGGGGGAGGUCAUUCCAAGGGAGUGGGCCCCUUGCUGAGUAAAUAG